ACAGCUUGGCGAGAAAUCAGUAACAAGACAGUCGAAAAUUGUUCUCAAGAAUGCACCGGCAAUGAGUCAUAGGUUAAAAUCUCUUGUUCUUUCAACUUUUAACAUGGUUGACAAGGGGCGGAGACAUGCGACAAUUGGCACGGAGAAGCUUGGCGUGGUUCAAAGGCAGUCAAGGUGACAUCCGAAGGACAGACGCUCUCAUCUAAAGGCUCUACUCGGGCCACGUGGAGAGUUUUGUUGAAGAAAAAGACGGGAGCAGCAAACAUCUGCCGUCGGCUUUUUGCAGCACAAGAGGAGUGUCUUUCAUUUUGAGAUGGCCGCCAACAUUCCGGGCAUCAUCGCCUUGGUCUUCUUCUACGCACUGGUCCUCGGCAUCGGGAUCUGGGCGUCAGUCAGGUCCAGGAGGUUGAAGCGCAAGCAGGUGGGCGGCAUCCUGGAGAUGUCGUUGCUUGCAAACCGUAACAUCAGCCUGCUGGUGGGGGUCUUCACCAUGACAGCCACGUGGGUCGGAGGCGGCAUAAUCGUGGGUAUCGCCGAGAUGGUGUACACACCCUCCAUGGGCGUGGCCUGGGCUGCCACUCUCAUGCUGGGAUACAGCACAUCCUUUAUUAUUGGCGGGCUGGUGUUUGCUGGGCCGAUGCGCGCCACCAAAUGUGUCACCAUGAUGGAUCCCUUCCAGCGCAAGUACGGCAAAGGCCUGACGGCCGUCUUCAGCUCCAUCUCGAUCUUCCUCGACCUCUUCUGGGUGCCCGGCACCCUCAUUGGCCUGGGCGUGACCAUGAGCGUGGUCCUGGACAUGUCGUUCAGCGUGUGCAUCUGGAUCUCGGCUUGCGUGGCCAUCACGUACACGCUGUUGGGCGGCCUCUACUCGGUGGCCUACACCGACGUCGUCCAGCUGCUCCUCAUCUUCUUCAGCCUGUGGCUGUGCGUUCCGUUCGCGUUGUCCAAUCCUCUCGUGACGCCCAUCGGUUCCACGAUGAUGAACAACACGCUGCACGCGCCCUGGGUCGGCGACUGGAACGUCAGCAACAUAUGGAUCCUCGUGGAUAGCUUCUUCAUGUGGACUUUGGGCAGUCUGGGAUAUCAGGCCUUCCACCAGAGGACGCUGUCCAUGUCGUCCCCAUCCACCGCCAAGCGCGUUUGCUUCAUCUCCGCCGCCGUCUUCAUCGUGUUCUGCAUCCCGCCGGUGCUGCUGGGGGCCGUGGGGGCAUCCACGGACUGGAACGCGACAUCAUACGGUUCUCCGUCCCCUUACGAACGUGACGAGGCGGCGCUGGUUCUUCCCCUGGUGCUGCAGACCCUGACGCCCUCGUACGUCUCCGUCAUGGGCAUCGGCUGCGUCGCCGCUGCCGUCAUGUCGUCGGCCGACUCCGCCAUGCUGUCUGCCGCCUCCGUCUUCACCGCCAACCUCUACAAAAACAUCCUCAGGCCGCAGAGGGGUGUCUUUCAUUCCAAGAUGGCCGCCAACAUUCCGGGCAUCAUUUCCAUGGUCUUCUUCUACGCACUGGUCCUCGGCAUCGGGAUCUGGGCGUCAGUCAGGUCCAGGAGGUUGAAGCGCAAGCAGAUGAGCGGCAUUCUGGAGAUGUCGUUGCUUGCAAACCGUAACAUCAGCCUGCUGGUGGGGGUCUUCACCAUGACAGCCACGUGGGUCGGAGGCGGCACAAUCGUGGGUCUCGCCGAGAUGGUGUACACACCCUCCAUGGGCGUGGCCUGGGCUACCGCUCUCGUGCUGGGCGAAAGCACAUCCUUUAUUAUUGGCGGGCUGGUGUUUGCUGGGCCGAUGCGCGCAACCCAAUGUGUCACCAUGAUGGAUCCCUUCCAGCGCAAGUACGGCAAAGGCCUGACGGCCGUCUUCAGCUCCAUCUCGAUCUUCCUCGACGUCAUCUGGGUGCCCGGCACCCUCACCGGCCUGGGCGUGACCAUGAGCGUGGUCCUGGACAUGUCGUUCAGCGUGUGCAUCUGGAUCUCGGCUUGCGUGGCCAUCACGUACACGCUGUUGGGCGGCCUCUACUCGGUGGCCUACACCGACGUCAUCCAGCUGCUCCUCAUCUUCUUCAGCCUGUGGCUGUGCGUUCCGUUCGCGGUGUCCAAUCCUCACGUGGCACCCAUCGGUUCCACGAUGAUGAACAACACGCUGCACGCGCCCUGGGUCGGCGACUGGAACGUCAGCAACGUAUGGAUCCUCGUGGAUAGCUUCUUCAUGUGGGCUUUGGGCAGUCUGGGAUAUCAGUCCUUCCAUCAGAGGACGCUGUCCAUGUCGUCCCCGUCCACCGCCAAGCGCGUUUGCUUCAUCUCCGCCGCCGUCUUCAUCGUGUUCUGCAUCCCGCCGGUGCUGCUGGGGGCCGUGGGGGCAUCCACGGACUGGAACGCGACAUCAUAUGGUUCUCCGUCCCCUUACGAACGUGACGAGGCGGCGCUGGUUCUUCCCCUGGUGCUGCAGACCCUGACGCCCUCGUACGUCUCCAUCAUGGGCAUCGGCUGCGUCGCCGCCGCCGUCAUGUCGUCGACCGACUCCGCCCUGCUGUCUGCCGCCUCCGUCUUCACCGCCAACCUCUACAAAAACAUCCUCAGGCCGCAGGCGUCGGAGCGCGAGCUGCAGCUGGCCAUCCGGGCGACGGUGGUGGUGGUGGGCGUGGUCGGGACGGCGCUGACCCGCCUGAAGGCCAGCGUGGUCAUCUUCUGGAUCGUGGCGUCCGAGAUUUCCUACAACGUGGUUUUCCCGCAGCUGCUCGGUGCCGUCUUCUUUACCGGCAGCAAUACGUACGGCGCCAUCCUGGGCCUAGUGGCGGGCUUGGCCGUCCGCGUGUUGAGCGGUGAGCCCCUGCUGGGCCUGCCGCCCGUGUUGCGCUUCCCGGGCGGUAUUUGGGACCACCGUGCUGGCGUCUACGUGCAGCACUUCCCCGUCAAAACCUUCGCCAUGCUCUGCUCUCUGGCUUCCAUCUUGUUCUUCUCCUUCAUGGCGUCCCGGAUCUUCCGCCACCGCCUGCUUCCUACUGCCUGGGACGUUUUGCACGUUUUCCAGAAGCCCACCCCCACCCAGGACCCCGCGUGCGUGGAGAACACCCUCGACGCCACCGGGCCCAUGUUGACCACUGGCUGCUGAGUCAGCAGACAUUCCAAAUUAAAUUGACUUUAUUGCCAACACACACAC